CCAAAAGCGUCACAAAGAAGGUCACGUGAGGAGCGUGUACUUAUGUUUUACUUCCUUGUUGAAUGAAUCGAGUCGGUCACCCUGUAUGCGAGGGCUUUCCAGCCAGAGAAUGUCUCAAGAGAGUUCAUGCUGAAAAAAGACUCACACAACCAGAUGAAAAUUGUUCAAUAAUCAGGUCUUCAUCAUGGUGUCUUCUGGCCCGGAAGUCAGUUUUGCUGCUGUUUCCUAUUGGACACUAAACAUCACCUCGAUCUGCUUUCUUUAUUGGUCCGACAUGGAGGAAUUUAUACAGUUAUGUACAGUUUAUACCACGCUGCUAAAGGACUUCUUUAGUCUUGAAUGUCUGCUGCUAGACUGCUACUCUACAACUACUAACCACACACUACAGCCGGUAGUUACACAACAGUGAAAUCUUCGCCAAAGUAUCCACUUCUUCCUUACCAUCCUUGAUCAUCAUCACCAACCUCUGGAAAUGUGAGUUUAUAAUGAGACGAUCGCUUGUCGGGAUCACACAAGGGAGCUGUAAGUAUGAGAUAAGUAGAGGUAAGUUGGGUAAGUAUUAGUGGUGUGUUAUUGUUUACACUCAAAAUAACCGUUUAGGGUUAAAGGUUAGAUCUCUCUACCCUACGACAUCCUCCCUUCCGUAGGCUGUAUUUGCAGAGUUCCCUCGACAGUCGCGACGGAAACUUUUCAGCAAGUCUCAUCAAUGAAGCCAGCAUCCUCCUCAUCGACAGUCUUAUUAUGGAGAAUGAUAGUCAACUUUCAUCUGUUCAUGUAUGUAUCGUGAAGAAAGUCCUGUCAACAGGUAAGUCCAUCGAUUGGUUUAAUUAAAGGGAAAGAGUGGACUUUUAUUAUUAAAAAGUUGAUUAAAUAGAAAUGCACAGGAAAGUCGAUUUUUUUUCAGCGCUUGAAUGUUACCGAAAAUUUACGAAUCAAUUGAAGUUCAUAAUUUGCUAAAGUAGUCUAGUCUACUAAACAGGAGAAUCCGUACCGUACAAACUUAGUCCGACUUGUCGCAUAUCCGAGAAUCUCGCACACAAAAUCCGCGGCCGGUGACGUCACACGCAAAAACGCGCCUUGAAAUCUCGUGGUUUUCUCGUCUGACGAUGGUGGUUGCUAAAAGCGAUGUAAAGGUGCCGAGUAAAAACCAGGUAAAGACAAUGUUGAUUUGUUCAAUUUGUCUCGAAGGUAAGCAAACUGUUGUGAAGGUCACUGCUGUUUAAACUCCAUUUCUCUAAAAUCAUUUGUAGCAAGUUAAUUAAUUUUAUGAUAGUACCCAAUAAUUUGUUUACGUCGAGUAUUCUAUUUAUAUCCAGAGAUGACGAGUCCCACUACCACUGCGACGCCACUUCAGAACUGUGAGAUGCCGAGACUGAACCUGCAGGAGUCGUGUGGAAAUGAUAGCAAAACAUGGGGGUACUGCUACAAAGAAAACACCGCGUGUGUCUACCCGAAAACAAGAUGGGAUUAUGGCGAGCGGACGUGCCAGUGCGUUCAUGGCACCGUCAUGGUUGUGGACGAUGCCAGCAAUUUCACCUGUGUCGAUAUUUAUCAACUGUUCCGUGAGAACAUCAGCCGUCAACUGGCUUCAGACGUUGAACCCAACAGGGAAGUUUACAGCGGUAGCUUGACCUUCAACGACUUGGAAAUAACCCUAGCAGAUUUCAAGUACAGUUUAUAUCCUUCAGACAGUUGGCUUUCUGUCACCAAGAAUGGUCUCAACUUCAGUGUCAUUACAAACAAACGUUUACCACAGGCUAACGCUGUCUACUUUUUCGUUCUUCGUGUCGAUGUUGAUUCCUAUAAUUAUAGCUUACAUCUUACUGACAUGACAACACUGAAUAUCACGGUCAUACAUACUUUUCUAAAAGCAUCUGAGGUGGGCGUUUUCUUGCUGGACGGUAGCCGGAAAGGGACCAUUGUAUAUGACGUAACUUCCGCUCUCGGCAGUAUCGAUAACACAGACCUGAAAUUACAGACAGAUACUGCUGUCACCCUGUUUGAACUACAGUCCAACCGGAGGAUUGUGUGUGUCAAAGACGUGGACAUUAACAGCAUCAGAAUCAGCUCUGACGCCAUAGGUCAUGUGGUGACUUUGUCCCUGACGUCAUCAGGUCAGGUGGUCUUGGUCGUUAAGGUGGCUGUGAUUGUGGCGAGCACCAGACUCACAAUCCCAGAAAACAAUUUACCGAAUAAAAACGUUGUGACAUUCUCUUCUUUACGGGAAAGUUUCGACAUCGCGGAACAGCACCGCCCUGUUGAUCUUCCUCUCAUCCUGACACCAAACCGCACAGCCAUUCAGCUGACGCGGGGCCUGGACUUCGAGAAAGAUCCAAAGUCCUUUCAGAUUACUGUGUCUCUGCAGUUCCGACCUAGCCCCCAGGUGUCGACAUCAGUAUCCAUUACAGUGGAUGUCACGGACAUUAACGACUCUCCCCCCAGGUUUCUUCAAAGUGUUUAUAUCAUCAUUGCACCCUACUGCUCCGAGAACGGCACACUCCUUGGACAGCUGGCAGUAGAGGAUCAAGACUCGUUGACUCAGACGUUUUCUUUCCAAAUUGUACCUAGCCGAAAUAGCAGUUUGUUCCGGAUUCGAGACUCGGCAGGGAUCCUGGAGGCCACCAAGAAAUUGCCGGAGGAUGCGGGUGCCAAUGGUAUUGUCAUCAACGUGAUUGUCUCUGAUGGCGUCAACACAAGCCCGACACCCACUACAGUAAUCAUCUACGUGUCCAGAUAUGUUCAGGAGUUCGAGCUGGUAGGAGGGAAUUACAGUCUGUCUAUUGUUGAGAAUAUACCGGUGGGAACAGAAGUCUUUAACGCAAGUCUGACCAAUUACACCGGGUAUCAGCUGCUUCCAGCCAGCGUCUUGUACUAUUUCACCAUUAACCAAACGACGGGCAUCAUUCGCACGCGGAGCGAGAUAGACCGCGAGGUGCCCGGGCCGCAAGAAAAUAUGAACGUCGUGGCCUUCCAACAAAACGACGUCUGCAAGCUGAAGACUGUCAGCAAUAUCACGUUAACAAUCCUGGAUGAGAACGACAACCCACCCGUCUUUGACACAUCACUUACUUAUGCUGUCAAGAUUCCAGAAAAUUCUCCAAAUGGGACCUUUGUCUUUAAGUUCAGUGCGACUGAUAAAGAUUACAAGGAGAACGCAACCCUGACCUACAGCAUAACCAGCGGCAACAGUCCUUUCAGAAUUGACAGUGCCACUGGUAAUGUCACUGUCGCUGACUCUUCUCGUCUGGACCGUGAAGUCUUGGACACGCUUCGCUUGGUCGUCACUGUGGUUGAUGGAGGGACUACUCUUCCACCAAAUUUGAGGAAAUCUGCCAGCAUCAACUUGACCGUGACCCUGGAGGAUGUGAACGACAAUGACCCUGUCUUUAAUCAAAGCGUUUACACCGUUAGUGUCUACGAGAACAUCUCGGUCAACUCCAAUUUGACUGUCGUGCGAGCAACAGACAGGGACAUCAACUUCAACGGACAAGUCAGGUACAGUCUUGGUGACGGAGUAGGGAUAGGAUCAUUCGCAAUCGACUACACGACGGGCCAGCUGCGGAACAGGAUGGCACUCGACCGAGAACAGUACGAAUUAUUCACUUUCACUGUCAUCGCUUCUGACCUGGGAAGUCCUCCUCGUAGUUCUUCAGCCACCGUUGUGGUCAAGGUGCUGGAUGUCAACGACAACAUUCCACAGUUCCAGAAAGCAGUAUACCUACCCAACACUAUAGACGAGGGGAUCAGCUGCUGGAACAAGUCGUUUGUCACUGUGACAGCAGAGGACAAAGAUUCUGGUUUAAACAGUGAGAUCGUGUAUUCCAUAGAGAGUGACCUGCUGGUCAUAAACUCCAGCACUGGCGAGGUGACGUGCAAAGCUGCAGGCUUAGACUACGAGAACGUAACACAACGUACAUUCGACGUUGUGGUGCGAGCCUCUGACAAGGGCACCCCGCCCCUAACCAGUACCUCCGUCAUACGGGUAACUGUGCGAGACGUCAACGACAACCCCCUGUCUUCAUCAACUCUCCCUACAACAUCAGCGUGCGUGUGGAGACGUUUAAUACCUUGGACAGCCCUAUCUUCGUGUUUUCUGUGCAAGACAACGAUGUCGCAUAAAAGUUUUUUGGUUAUUAGCGACUCUGGGGAGAACAGUGAGGUGGACCUGAGACUGACCAACCCGAGUACAAACGGCGCGGGGCUGCUGACUGUGAGCAACCUUGUCCUGCGAGUCAACAGGACUGGACGCCCAACGCCAACCAACUUCUCCUACACUGUCAUCGCCACCGACAGGGGGAGGGCACCGCUCAGCAGCUCAGCUUCUGUCUACAUUUAUGUCAGCGACUCUGGUAGUAGCCGUGUCACCUUCGACCCGAAGGACUUCUUAUUUAAAAUUGUGGAAGAGAAAUCUUAUGACGAGUCCAGUGGUAUUGCCAUCGGCAAGCUGACAGCGACUACACUGGCAUCUCCCCCAGUCUUCUCUCUAUUCGGUGCCACCAGUUUUAGUGUCAACAGUUCGACCGGUCACCUGUUCUGUAGCAAAGUGUGGGACAGAGAACGAGACAAAGACUCCGCCGAACUCACCAUCAUGGCCAGGGCAUCGGUUGAGGAUUAUGUUGAUUAUGCCUUGGUGAAAAUCACCUUGCUGGACAUAAACGACAACUCUCCCUCGAUACUAACCAACCCUUCGGCACUAGUUGGGAAUGUGCUUGAAGAUGCUGAGAAGGACACUUUCAUCAUUUCUUUGGAGGCUACGGACCCCGACGAAGGACCAAACGGAACCGUCAUCUUCUCGAUGGAGGGCGGAAUGCCUUUCAGGAUUGAAACCGCAAACACAACAGGAAAAAUCUUUGUCAACGGCUCUUUGGACAGAGAGCGAAAGAAUGAAUAUGUUUUCACCGUCUGGGUGCGGGAUAAUGCGAAGGAACCUAGAAGUGUGUCCGUUAGCGUCACCAUCCUCAUCGACGACGUCAACGACAACGCUCCCACCUUUGUCAAUAUGGAUCCCAUAUUUGUUCCAGAGAACACCUCAAAGGAACAAGAGGUGGGAAUGGUUAGUGCGACCGAUCUUGACCAAGGAAGAAAUGGUAUGGUGACCUACUCCAUUGACAACAGCAGUGCAUGCCCAUUAAAAAUUCGAGCAGAUGUCGGGACCCUGUUGUUGCGAGAAGAUUUAGACUACGAGACUGUAAAGAACUACACAUGCAUCAUUGAGGCCUCAGACCAAGGUGACCCCAGGCUGUCCUCCACCGCCAACUUCACCAUCCUCGUCACCGACAUCAACGACAACGCUCCCGUCAUACAUAGCGCCGUCAGAAGCGUCAACGUGACACGUGACAUCGAGGUGAAUUACGUCCUGGUGGAGUCGUUGAACGUCACUGACGCGGACUUCGUAUCCAAGGGCGCGAUCUCCUUCUAUUUUGUCGAUCCUGCGAACCCAACUGUUCCGGUGGAUAAAGAUACGGUGACCCAUUCGUACUUCAACAUCAACCCUGCUACUGGUGCUAUCAGUAUGAAAAGCUCCAUUAGUAAUUUUCCGGAAGACGACGUCAUGCUGACCAUUGCCGCUAAAGAUUAUCCUCCCAAUCAGCCCACCCUCUGGUCUAAUCCGAUACAGAUACAAGUACACAUUUUGGACGCCAGUACAAAACCUAAGUUCAAUGAUAUCGACAGCAUCAACAUCACCGAGGGACCUCUUAUCUUACCAAGGGUUCUCACUCGAGUCAGUGCGUUUGUUUACGAAAACAAAGUCAGAGUCGAUCCUUGUAAUUGUUCUUACUCCAUUAACAAUACAGAACUUGGAAACGGCUCAUCGUUAAAGGGGACCUUCAGCAUUAACGCCGUGUCAGGGGAAAUCACUCUGAAUGCGUCUCUGGACAGAGAGGCGACUGGGAACAUCAUAUUCAUCACACUCUUUGCCUCUGACUUUGGUUCCCCUCCCAAAACUGGCAGUGCCACUCUCAAUGUCAGCGUGGUGGACAUCAAUGACAACAUCCCUAAAUUUAGCACGGACUCUUACCAAAUAACGGUGACCGAGUCUUCUUGCAGCGCAGACCAAGUUCUGUACAACAUCACAGCACACGAUGCUGAUGAGCCACCAACAACAUCAUCGUGUACAGCCUCCGUCAGUUGUCUCCAGACACACCGCUUGUCAAGAUCGAUAACUCGAGUGGCCAGCUGAGCCCAAUUACCUCCCUGUGCCUCAAUGACACAGUUAUUACAGCAAUAGCGACAGCAACCGAUCUGAUGGAUUCGGACAAACAGAGCUUCGUUCCUCUGAAGAUCAGCGUGAAGGUGAACGAUCCUAAUCCAAACGCCCCGGAGUUCCUGAAAAAAUGUAUCAGAUUAAUCUCACCCUGACCGAGACUAAGGACACCAUCUUCACAAUCCCUGACUUUGAAGCCAAAGACAAAGACGAAGCUCAAAACAUCACCUACUCCAUCGAGAGCGGCAACUGCUUGGACCUGUUCGAGCUCAACAACCAAACACGUGAGUUCAAACUCAAGCAUCCUAAUUGUACUACAACCAUACCCCCGAUGGUCAACCUAAGUGUCAAGGCUACAGACUCGGGAGACUUCCCUCUGAACUUCAGGAAAUCGGGGAAUACAAUGGUGCAAAUAAAAAUUGUCGAG